CCAAUUCCGACUUCCAUCAUUCAAAACCUUCGACACCAGGUCAAUCAUCUCAGGCAUUACCACAUCGCACUCCUUUAUUGAACCCACCAACUGGCACACGUCAAGCCUUCCCCUUCAUUCACAAAAUCUUCGACAUGUCUCUCCUAGGACGGAAAUACCCGGCGCCAGUCGCCCGGCCAAUGCUGCCCUUCUUCGCUGCCGGUCUCAUCGUCCUCUACGGCGUUAACGGAUUCGCGAACCUUUUGAUGAGCACCCCCGAGUUCAAGAACGACCCCCGCAACCCCAACGCGAAGCCACUGAAGCCGGAGGAGAGCCAUUAAGUACAUGCGAAGGAUCUUUUUUUAUGAUUUUUUGGAAGGGAAGGACCUGUUGAUGGUGGGAGAUUUAAGACACCCCAGGCUGGGAUGAAUGCCCUGUACAUGUACAUUGAAUAGAGAUGGAUUGAACAUCCAAGAAAUUCCAUUUUUCUUAUCACUUAAUCUUCCACCGCCUCUGAACACAUCUUGCGGAUAUAUCUGUGGGAAUUGUAGCCCAAUUGAUGGUUCCCCUCGUUAUCGUCGUUGCAGGAUGUAUUUGUAGCCGUAGAUAUGUAGAUACAUUCCGACCCACCACCACAACAAUUCUGUGUAAUAAUAGAGAUAUCAGACAUUGUAGGAUUCAACAACUAUUACAUUAUAUCUGACCAUAAUUAAUAGCUCCCAGUUUCUAUUGUGCAAGAUGGCAG